AUGCUGCAACCGCGAUGGCUCCCUGCCGCCCUCCUUGGACUCGUCGCGACCACUACCUUUGGUCUCGAAACAAAGAUAGACCAGAAGGAGUCGAACAGACAAGUAUGUAGUGGCAUGUACUCGAGAAAGAGCUGGGGCGGCAGCGUCUCGCCAUUCAUACUCACCAAGUUCCUCAAACCCGACAACGUAGCAGAGGAUAAUACCACCGACAGCGAUCCCAUAGUCAGCAUAGUGGUCUUUGAGUGGACCGACAAGGCCGAGAUAGGUCACCCAAUACCUGCUCAACCCGGCGCAGACGAUAACGGAGUGGAGGAGAGGGUGUAUAUAUGCGAUCAGAGCUCUGUGGAUAUGGGCUAUUGUUCGGCAGGACAACUGGGCGAGUUCAUCCUCUCUUCGAGCGCCGAGACCAACUCAAAAGCCGGCAUAAUCACUCAAGCCAUCCACCUCAACGACCCGGCGCCCCUGAACUACCCCAUAAAGCGCACAGGCUACUACUGUGUGGGUACCUACGGCUUCACACCAGACACAGACUACACAGCUGUCGUCGAGUUUCGUAAUGCUUUUGGCGAGCUCCCGGCCGCUCAGAUACCGAAACUACCAUUCUACGCCGCGCUAACGAUCACGUAUGCUUUCCUGGCGCUGGCAUGGGGAGCCUUGUACUACCUCAAUCGCCACGAUAUCCUCCCAGUACAGAAUUACAUCACCUUCAUCCUGCUUUUCCUCGUAGCGGAGAUGUUCACCACCUGGCUCUUCCACGACUAUCAGAACCGACAUGGUCUGAAUGUCGGCGCCAAAGCAUUGCUCAUCCUCGUCUCCAUCCUGUCCGCGGCACGAAACAGCUUCUCCUUCUUCCUGUUGCUGAUCGUCUGCAUGGGCUACGGCGUGGUUAAGCCAACACUUGGCAAAACAAUGCUGUACGUCCGAAUCCUAGCCCUUACGCACUUCGUCUUCGGAGUCAUCUACGCCAUCACCAGUCUCUCAAUCACACCCGAGAACGCUGGACCACUGAUCCUCCUGGUCGUUCUACCACUCGCCGGUACGCUGACCGCCUUCUACAUCUGGACCCUCAACUCGCUCAACCUGACCAUGAAGGAUCUUCUAUCACGGAAACAGCACGUCAAAGCAGGAAUGUACCGGAAACUAUGGUACUGCAUCUUGCUCUCCAUCGUCGUCAUCUUCGCCUUCUUCUUCGUGAACAGCUGGACUUUCGCCGGAUCAUCACAAGAGGAUUUCGUGCCGAAGCAUUGGCAGACGAGAUGGUUCAUCUUGGAUGGAUGGUUGAAUCUAGUAUACUUUUUCGACGUGGCGUUUGUGGCUUAUGUCUGGAGGCCGACAGCGAAUAACCGGCGGUUCGCCAUGAGUGAAGAGAUCGCACAAGACGACGACGGAUUCGAGAUCGCGUCUAUACGCGACAGCUUCGACAUCGACCUCGAAGACCCGACAUCGGAUUCCGCCCGAGGUCUGAAUGGCGACGGUGUGAAGCCGCCAAUGUAUGAUCCUGUUCGAGACAGUACUGAGAGGCAACGAGAUAUACAACGCGAUAUUUCACCUUUGCCUGCGCCGAUACCGCGUAGGACGAGUACGUUGCAGCGCAGGAGUCUGGAGGCCGAUACGAUGUUUGCUCUUGACGAUGAGGGAGGGAGUGAUGAUGAGGAUGAUGAGGGUGAGGGCAAGAGGUUGACGGGUGGAAAGCGUGGGUGA